GGAGGAGGUCAAUUAUGCCGCUUUCUGUAAUGUUAACAGAUUGUAGACCGUUGUGGAAAUAUGCCACUUUUAUUGGGAAUACCAGUGCAAUCGGGCAAUCCUGCAUGUUUUUUGGCACAUUCAUAGCAAUCAUUUAUGCAGUUCUUUUACAGUAGCUUCAACUGAAUUUGAAAUGCAGCUAAAACUACGGGGAGUUGAAAGUUUAAUUAUAUUUGCGAUUGCUGGAUUGUUGAAUGUCGCAGGUACUUCUUCCGCCCUAACGAGUCACGAUGCAGGAACGGUAUUUUCCACCCUGUCGGAUGACCAACUAGCCCGGAUAAAGAAUGUUUUCUCCUCUGCAGGAGGAGCCGAGUGCACCAAUCUGUUUCAACGAAAUUUUGAAGAGUAUCUGAUUUGUGCGAGCUACUAUCACAAAAGAAUCCCCAAACAAGAAGAUGGCGACGGAGGGGAGGAGGAGCCCGGCUUCGUUGCGGAGACUCUUCAAAGUGGAGUCCCCCAAGUACUCGGGAUUUUAACCGAGGCUUUCACCGGAAUAAACCAAGUCGUCAAUCAGUCCUCCGCCGGUCAGAGUCAAAGUCUUCCAAACUGGAUUUUAAGUGGGGUGACGAACUUGUUUGGGCAGGUUGGGCAAGUCGUGGGGAUCAAGCCUCAAGCCCCAACGCCACCUCCAUACUUUAACUUACCCCCUGCCAGACCAGUCGCGGGGUCGGUUAAUUACCCGGCCAACAGCUUAUCGCAAGGGCAGCGCCACCAACGACCAACUCUUAUCCCACGAAGUACCACGUUAAAGCCUACGAGACGAUCAGCCCUACCCGCUGUUCCCAUUGAGGUCGGCUACAACCCUUUCACCGUCCAAUUUGUCGGUCCGCCCGCUGCGGCAUCGAAUUCGGGAGAAAACGGUCAAUUUUUCCCAGCACCACCACCACGGAGGACGAAACCUAAGACGACGACCACGACCACGACGACCACGGUAGCACCAACCGCGCCAAGGGAAACUUACGCACCGUUCGUACCAGUACCUGAACCUCCUCCUCCUCCUCCAAAAGUAGAGCCACCAUUCAACAACAACAUAUUAAAUUCAGGAUUUCACUCCGAGUUAUUGAGCUCAUUUUCCAGCACGUUAAACAAACUGAAAUCACCCAGCAGUAGUACUUUCGCACCAAUCCCAGCAUUUGCAAGCACUGUUGAAGAAGAUGAAGAUUCAUACAGUGAAAGUCCAAUUUCCGCUGAUAUUCAACCCCACAGGCCAACAUUUAACAUUCCUUCCAAACCAGUAGAGCAGGAGGCCCCUAUUUUUCCGCCCCCACCAUCGGCCCCACACCGACACCAAAUUUCUUCCUACCCUGGGCUGCAUAACCAACACAUUUCUCCAGUAUCUGCAUCAUUAUGGCAAGCCAUUGCCCACAUAAAAUCCAAAACAUCGACACCAGCAACAUUAGAAUUACAACCAGAGUCAGAACUACAAUAUGGUGGUCGCCCAAGUUAUACCUACCCCAGCACGCCACGCUCAUCUUAUGUCAUUCAUCAUAAAAUAACGCCAAUUUAUGAUAAAGAAUUCCAAUCACCCCACGAAAUAACCACAACUUUUCGCCAUGUCCCACCCCCCAGACCCACAACGUCUUAUUUUGUCCCACCCAAGGAAACGCGUCCACCCUACACUCGACCCACCACCACCUCCACAAAACAACCAUCAUUACCAUCAUCAUCGCAUCUGGUCACGGAAACGAGUCCAGUUGUCCCCUCGUCGAAUUAUCUCGUUGGUGGUGGUGGAACAGGUAGCAUUGCCUCCGUCUCUGCUGGGAAUAAACGACCCGUCAUUGUGAACAACAUGUACUAUCCGGAUUUGCAGAGUGCCCUGAGUGCAAACCAGGCAUCCUCAGAUUCGACAACCGAGAAGCCGAGAAAGCGUCGAAGGAGAACCACCACCCCAUCUGCUUCUCCAGAUCCGGAUUACUAAACUGCCGAGAAAGUAGAGGAAAAAAGACACGUUUCUAUCCUAACUGUAAGAAUAAAAGCCUAGCCAAACUAAUUAAACGGGUCUCUCCUUACA